GUGGUAAUUUGAAGUUGUUUACUUACACACCACAAUUUAUUUAUGCAAUUGGCAGCGCCAUUUUCGUACUCGUAUGUACGGUACCACUUCACAAACUAACUAACAAUCUUCUUCUUCUUCUUCUUCUCUCUCUCUCUCUCUCUCUCUCUCUCUCUAAUUCUUCUUCGUUCAUUCAUUCAUCCUAAUUCAACAUGGCGGAGGAAGGUAACCGAACCACAAUCAUGAUCACAAACGAUGAUGGAAUCGAUGCACCUGGUCUCAGAGCUUUGGUUAAUUCUCUCGUUGCAACCAAUCUCUACAACAUUCAAGUUUGCGCUCCUGAUUCUGAGAAAUCAGCGGUUAGUCACAGUAUUACUUGGCUUCACCCUAUAGCGGCCAAGAAAGUUCAUAUUGAUGGAACUACAGCCUAUGCAGUUUCUGGGACUCCAGCUGAUUGCACUUCUCUGGGACUUUCCAAAUCACUCUUUCCUUCCGUAGCUGAUCUGGUAGUAAGUGGCAUAAACAUGGGUAACAAUUGCGGUUAUCACAUUGUUUACUCGGGCACAGUUGCUGGAGCUCGAGAGGCUUUCUUCCAUGAUAUACCUUCUAUCUCCAUUUCAUAUGACUGGGUUAAAGAAAAGAGUAACCUACAUGACUUCACUCUUGCCGCGCAAGCAUGCGUACCUAUCAUAAGUGCUUUACUGGUUGACAUAAAGAACCAAAGAUACCCUCAAAAGUGCUUUUUGAAUAUAGAUGUGCCAAGCAAUGUUGCUAAUCAUAAAGGGUACAAGCUAACUAAGCAGGGUAAAGUUUUAACCAAGAUGGGAUGGAAGCAAAUCGCCUCUGAGGCGGAAGGACGAAAAAUGUCAUCUGAUAUGACCAAUGCAGACAUACCAGCACAUGCAGAUGUUAACACGUCAUCUAUAUCACCUGAAAGUCUUUUAUUUUCAAGAGAAGUAAAAGGUUCUCAACUUGAUCAUGAUGAUAAUAAUGAUCACAAAUCUUUGCAGGAAGGAUAUAUUACUGUCACACCUCUUGCUGCUAUCUCUCAGGCGGGGGAAGAUUGUCAAAACUAUUUUAAGGAUUGGCUACAAAAUGUCUCAGAAUGUCCCUCUUCGUCGGCUCUAUAAUGCUGUAAGACAUUUCACGUGUUCAUGAUUUGUAUGAUAUCCUCAAUUUCAAAAUACUGGCAGUGCUACCAAUGAUAGAGUUCACAUUUAUAUAUUCUGCUCAGUUAAGAAAAAAGAAGAAGCAAUUGUUACCUCUAAGAUGAAUGAAAAAUUGGAGCAAGCCUGCACAUAUUUUUAAUGACAUUAUUACUAUAAUUUGACAUUUUGGGAGCUCAUAUAUCUUUAAUGAUACCUUUGGUAAUUAGUACAUUAUCAAAAGUAUCAUUUAUAAUGUGCAUGCAGUAUUUGUCUGAUAUCCUAUGAAGUGUGGAGCUUAGAUACUUUAUUCCAUACAUUGUUUACGUGAUUGAGAAGAUUUUUAUGUAA